UCAGGUGUUGGAGUGGAGUUUAAGUGGUGGACAACGGACACUUUUUGGGAAGGCAGUCGUCUGUUAUCUCAAUUAUGGAAUCUAUUAACUUACAUGUUUCUCUUUCCCCAAGAAUGGACCCUGAGUUUUGGUUGGUUGAUUUUAAAGACGGUUUUAACAUUGUCCAUCGUAACUGGCUGAGCCAAAGCGACCAAGGUGUAUGUCACCGCAAAUGGCCAGAUAUGAAAAAUGAUUCAGAUCAUUACAAGGAAGUUCGCAGAGCAAGGAACCCAGCAGAAUCAUGGGAAGACAAAGUGAUCCUGGAGAUCAUUGGAAAAUUCAGAACAUUUGAUGAGGCACGCCUGAAAUUUAAGAGGGCAGAAGAGGAGACAGACAUCAAUUCCGAUGCAGGAACACGACGGAAAAGAAGACCAAAUCCAAAGUACUUAGAAAGUGAUAGUGAAGAUCAUUUAGUGAAAAAAAAGGUUUCCUUGUCAGCAGCAGACUUCAAAUUAUUGGAAAAGCUACCUGUACCGCCACUUUCAGGAAGGAACACGUUACAUCAUUAUUUCCAACCAAAAGAGUCAGGUCAGUCAUCCAGUAAAAGCAGGAAACAUGGCAGCAAAACUACACACAGCAGCAUUAAUAAACAUAACAGGAGAGAGAGAAGCAAUGCAGAGCAGAUUAAACAUGGCAAGAAUCGCUCAGUGAAAGAUAGCAAAAAAACUUUUUCAAAAAAGGAUGAGGGAAAAGAGCGCUCUUCCUCUAAAAAGCAAGCAGGGAAAGAGCGUUUUUCUACAGAAAAUCAAGAGAAAGAAGAGAACAGUUUUUUUAAGAAUUGGGAGGCUAAACAAAGUCCAUCUUCAAGCAAGCAAGANGUAAACAAGAGUAGUUAUUUGCAUACAGAGGGCAAAGAAAGUUUGUCUUCAAGUAAGCGAAAUGAGGGGAAAGAGCAAAGUUCCUCUGAUGUGCCAAAAGGCAAACUUGCACAGGGCCUUGAAGACAUAGUCAAGGUAGUACCAAUAACAGAAAGCAGAGGCUUCUUCAAAGAAGAUAAUAACGUGAAUGUAGCAAGUGCAUCUCUGAACUCUGGUUUUGGAUCAGUAAAAUAUGUAGAGGACUUUAUUUCAUUCCCUGCUUCAAAUGAUGCAGACAAAUUGAAUGUUGAUGAAACAUCUCCAUCUGAAACUCCGACAACUUUGAACUUAACAGUUCGGAAUUUUGAGGCACCAGCCUCUUUUCAAAUCAGCCAGGAUGAGAGCAACAAUGAUUUAUCCUUAUCUGUGAAUCCUGCAAUCUUCACUAAUGAAAUAGAGUUUCGGAAGUUUGUUGCUAGAGAGCUACUCAAACUAAGACUCGCAGUAAGACGGCCAAGAGAACUCAAUACUACCUUCGUGCAUCAAAGAUCUGACUGCAUACCAGAUGAGAUUGAAGAAAUGAAGUCUUCAGUCGCUGAUCUCAUACAAUGGAACUCAAAAUUACUUAAAGACAAU